AUGGCUACUGCUGCGCCGUUGCACGAGGCCGAGAAGGUCGCCGAGCAGCAGGACGAGAAGCCAAGCGUCGCACCCGCAGAGCAAACAGAGGAGAAGAAGACCGCCGAGGAUGUGGCACCCGAACAGCAAGCUGCCGUGCCUGCGCCCUCGUCAGACGAGAAAAUCCCCGUCGAGCCGCAGCUUGCACCCUAUCCGCCCUCCUCGGUGGCGUUGUCGCCGACAUUGUCGCCAGCACUCUCCUCUGCCUCAGUCCCCGGCUCGCCAUUCACCGCAACCGCAACCACUCCACCGCCGCCUUUGAGCGCCAUUUCUUCCACAGACACUGACAAGGUUGCCGUAACACCAGUCAUGGGCCAAUACCCCACCGACCCUUCCCAGCAGCCGCCUGCGCCUAUGUACCCCGACCACACCGGCUCCACCAGCCCUCACCAGCAGUACACUAUCCAGCCGGACCACGCCUACCACCAGCAGCCGCCCUAUGAUCACAACCAGUACUACGCCCAGCAGCAGCAGCAACAACAACAACAACAGCACCCCGGCGCCCAGCAGUACCGCACCGCAACUCCCAUCGCCAAUUUGAACCGCUCUCCGGCGCCUGUUGACUGCCCUGCUUGUGGCCACCGUGCUCUGACCGCCACCACCUUCCAGACCGGCAACACCACUCACGCCUGGGCCUUUGGCGUCUGCCUCUGCCUCUGCCUCGGCUGCAUUCCCUACCUGAUGAGCAGCACCAAGGACGUUCAGCACAAGUGCGGCAAGUGCGGUGUUCUCCUCGCCACCUGGCACCGCUCUGGCAACACCGACGUGCACAUGCACGCAUAA